CGCCUAAACAAACAAACAAACAAACAUGUGUAGUGUCUGAAGUCUGAAAUUGUUGGUCUCCAACCAUUUCACAGCAGCAGUAGUCUCCUUAACUUCAACUGUCAUGUCGACAUCUUUUUUAACCCCGUCUUCCUUCUCCUUGCAAUUCGCAACAUCCAUCAAAUCUUCUCAUCCAAUUCCAUUCUCUUGUUCUUUUCCUCUCAAACGCCAUACCCUCAUUCUCAAACCAGUCUCAGCUUCAGGGGCUGUUACUCCAACCACCUCCAUUGAAAUCGAAAAAUCCCCAAUCUCCGCCACUCCCUCCAAGGUUCUUCCUUUUCGGGUUGGCCAUGGUUUUGACCUUCACCGAUUGGAACCCAAUUACCCCUUAAUAAUUGGUGGAAUUAACAUACCCCAUGAUAGAGGUUGCGAAGCUCAUUCCGAUGGGGAUGUUUUGCUUCACUGCGUGGUGGAUGCAAUUUUAGGGGCUUUAGGUCUUCCUGAUAUAGGACAGAUUUUUCCGGAUUCUGAUCCUAAGUGGAAGGGAUGUGACUCUUCGGUGUUUGUCCAUGAAUCUGUAAGGCUUAUGCACGAGGCAGGUUAUGAUAUUGGAAAUUUAGAUGCUACAUUGAUACUUCAGAGGCCGAAACUAAGUCCACACAAGGAUGCUAUCAAGGCCAACUUAUCUGCACUGCUUGGAGUUGACUCUUCUGUGGUAAAUAUAAAAGCAAAAACUCAUGAAAAGGUUGACAGCCUUGGAGAAAAUAGAAGUAUAGCGGCUCACACAGUUGUUCUUCUAAUGAGGAAAUGAUGGCAGAAUCUGGAAAUAUUAUGAAGUACAUGAAAGAGUUGUAGAUUUUAUAAAUUAUGCUUUAUUCAUACAUGAUACCCCGAAAUUCAUGUGGUGCCUAGUAUAGUACUCGUACUCGUAUCCAGUAUUCGCAGACAAGUACCAAGUAUGUAUCGAGAUAAAUUUUAUAAAUAAAACAUUGGAUAUUCUAUUUUUGGCAUAUGGCCCAAAUCACUAGAGUUUGUAAAAUGUUUUUUUGUUCUGA